UGCAUCCAGUGAGCGUGGCAAGUGAGGGAGUGAGUGAGCGAGAGGGAAAGGGCAGAGUGAGAGGGCGAGAUAAGCAGAGAGAGCAGCAUCUCUGAGCGCAUUCAGCUCACAGCAGCUCAGGAGGCAGGACGGCAGAGCAGAGGGGGGAGAACACCUGCACCUCACAGAAGGGGGCGACACCACACACCUCUCUCUCUCUUGGACACACCGCUUGAACGUCACACACACGCAUUGAGGAGGCGUGAGACUCAGAAGGAGGAACACCACACACGCCCGCUGUUUGCUGGCUUAGCUGCGCUUUGGAGAGCUGUCUCUUGAAGACUGGACCAGAGCUUUAUCCAUCGCUUCAUCCAUCUUCCUUCCUGCUUCCCAUUUCUCCAACAGAAGCUGCUCUCUGUCACACAACCCCCUCAAUCAUUUGGACUGAUUUGCUUGCUGUCAUUCAUCCAACCUCUUGUCAGGGUCUCUCUCUGUAACCAUCUCUGCUCGUUUCACUCCAAUCAGCCAAGAAAUCAAGACACACAGUGAGAAGCCGACCUUUGAACCGCAAUCAUGAACUUCCUCCGUCGCCGUCUCUCUGACAGCAGCUUCAUGUCCAACCUGCCCAAUGGCUACAUGUCAGACCUCCAGAGGGCAGACCCACCUGCCCCUCCUCCGCCCACCGCCACCUCCCCUUCCCAGCAAGGUGGACCACCAGCCGCGGUGCCCGUCCCUGCCCUGUCUCCUACCAAAACUCCAUCACCAUCCCAGGCUCCAGCCAGCCCUGCCGCUCAGGAGCGCCGAAUGAGCCAGGCGGCUCCGCAACCCCAGUCCUCCUCCAGCGGAGGUUCUUCUGGCUUCUUCAGCUCCUUCAGCUCCAUCAGCUCCAUCACCAACGUGGUCAAACAGACGGCUGCUUCUGCCGCUGGGUUUGUGGAGCAGUCUGCUCCUUCUCCCUCAAUCUCCAAGAAGUUCAAGAUCCUGUUGGUCAUCGAUGAGCCGCAGCAUGAGUGGGCCAAAGUGUUUCGGGGAAAGAAGGUCCUUGGUGACUACGACAUCAAAGUAGAGCAGGCCGAGUUUUCAGAGGUUAACCUUGUCUCACAUUCAAAUGGAAACUGUAACGUGGACAUGCAAGUCAUCAGGGGCGGGACGAAAGUAGUCAGGACUUUCAGGCCUGACUUGGUCUUGGUACGCCAGCACGCCUUCAGCAUGGCCCAGAACGAGGACUUUAGAAACCUGAUCAUUGGUCUGCAGUAUGCGGGCAUCCCCUCAGUCAACUCUCUGGAUUCCAUCUACAACCUCUGUGACAAACCUUGGGCUUUCUCCCAGCUGACUAAUAACCAGAAGAGGCUGGGUUCAGAUAAGAUCCCUCUCAUUGAUCAGACUUUCUACCCCAACUACAAAGACAUGAUUUCAUCUCCAAGUUUCCCAGUGGUGGUGAAGAUAGGACACGCCCACUCUGGAAUGGGAAAGGUCAAAGUGGACAAUAUGAGUGAUUUCCAGGACAUUGCCAGUGUGGUGGCCAUCACUCAGACCUACUGCACCACGGAGCCAUUUAUAGACGCCAAAUACGACAUCAGGGUCCAGAAAAUCGGAGCUGACUACAAAGCAUACAUGCGAACAUCCAUCUCUGGUAAUUGGAAGAGCAACACCGGAUCUGCCAUGUUGGAACAAGUAGCCAUGACUGACAAGUAUAAACUUUGGGUUGAUACCUGCUCAGAGAUCUUCGGAGGGCUGGAUAUUUGUGCCGUCAAAGCCAUCUGUGGCAAGGACGGUAAUGACUACAUUACUGAGGUUGUGGGUUCAUCUAUGCAGCUGAUCGGUGAUCACCAGGCAGAGGACCGCCAGCUUAUCUCAGAUGUGGUGCUGGCUAAGAUGAACCAAGCUCUGGCCACAAGGUCAUCUAGUGCUUCCCGCUCACCGGCUCGUUCCCCUCAGGGCCAGAAGCCAACAACUGUGCAGCCCCAGCAGAGCGCUGCCCCUAAGGAUGGACUGCCAGAUCCAAACAGGACCUCAGGCCAGCGCCCUCAACCUCAAGGUGCACCAGUGAAAGCACAAAGUGUGAAUACAUCAUCAGAGUCGGCAAAGAGAGCGUCUGAACCGGUACCAAACCCCAGCCAGGCCCAGAAACCUAGCCCAGGGCCAGUUCAGAAAGCAGCUCAGGCUCAGAAGGCCCCGGUCCAGAGGGCCGCCUCGGUCACAAAGCCGCCAGUGCCGAGGCCUCCUCCCCCAAUGCUGAGAGCCACAUCUGUCGCAAAAUCAGCCACGGAUUCUUCCUCCACCCCGGCCCAGGCCAAAGCUUCACCACCAUCCCCAGCUAGAGCAGCCGCAGCCGCAGCAGCCGCAGCCGCAGCCGCUCCACGCUCUCCCCCAACCAAAGUAGCAGCCCCAGUCCAAGCCCCAGCCCCAGCCUCAGUCCCAGCUUCAUCACCUGCCACUGCCCCAGCUCCUGUGCCAGCCCCAGCCUCCCCCUCAGCCUCAGCCUCAGCCUCAGCCUCAGCCUCAGCCUCAGCUCCUACCACAGAGCAGCCCAAGCCCCAGCCUCAGGGCUCCCCUUCCCCAGCUCCUGGCAAACCAAAAGAGCUGCCACCCAAACCCACACCCCCUGCAAAGCCAAUCCCUCCCAUACGCAGGAAUUCAAAGCCACAGAUCCAGCCAAAGCCACAAACCCCGCCCCCUGUCAAAGCUUUACCUAAACCCCAGCCCGCUGCCCCAGCAGAUGCCUCCGCAGCCCCUGCCCCAGCACAGGUUCAGUCCCCGCUUAAGGCAGAGUCUCCGGCCAAGGCUCAGCCACAGGCCAAGCCGGCCUCUCCUUCCCAAAACCCAGAGCCUGUCCCAGCUGAAGAUGCAGAGGCCCCUGCUGAGGGCGAGGCCGCUGUGGAAGAACCAGGAUCCCAGCCAAAAACCCAUCCUCUUCUGAAUAAGUCCCAGUCCCUGACCAAUGCCUUCAACGCCUUCAGCGACUCCUCUUUCUUCCGCGGGGCCUCGAGCACCGGAGGUGACGGCCAAGACGAGGCCAAGGCUGAGACCAUUCGCAAUCUCCGAAAGUCCUUCGCCAGCCUUUUCUCUGACUAGACACAAUCUGUAAUCAGCCCCUUUUGGAUCCUGCCUCCCCCCUUUUACUGUUGGCCAGUGAUUGACUUGAUUGAUAUUUAAUGUGAACAAGUCUGAGAUUAAACUUUCUGUGUUAACUGUACUGUAUUCCCUCUGUCCUGAAACCCUCGUCUUCCCCACUUUCAAAUACUCAGUGUGAGUAACAUUGAGGCCUGCUGGGUAGGAUAUUCAGAGAUUGAUGCUGUGCCAGAAAUAUUGGACUGAAGGAGUUACGUCAUUGAUAUAGACAAAAAUAGAAUAGAAUAACAACAUAUUUAUUUUUCCCAGAGCAAACUUUAAGGAACUCUUUCUGAAGUACAUACAAAUUCGAGACUACAGAUGAAAUGUACAUACAGUAUAUAUAUAUAAAUAUAUACAGUAUAUAUAUAUAUAAACAGUAAAUGAAUACAAAGAUAUAUAACUUUAAAAGGGAGAUAAGCCAAUUAUAUGAAAUAAAUAGUGAAACAUUUUUCCUUAGCUUUUGUCAGUGACAUAACUCUUUCAUUAAGUGGCUAGAGUCAUACACAUUAUGAAAAAAGCUGAUAAAAAUCUGAUUUUGAUGUUUUAUGGUUUCCCCCACAGUGAAUACGUUUUGGUCAGUAAGUGAAAGUAUGUGAGUAAAAAAAAUUAAAAUACCACUUCGAGGAUUUUUUGAUGGGGAAAUCCAGCUGUUGUGUCUCUUGGCUAAUGACUACUGGGCUCGUCAUUGCUGCCCCUUUUUUGUCUAAAUGCCUUGAAGUGUAAUGUCAUGUUAGGGAGUCCGAAAUAUGUGUAUGUUCAUCCGUGUUCAGUUGUUAUGCAUGGCUCCUCCAAGUGGCUUGGUGUGACUUUUGGAGAAGAAGGUGAACUGUAUCAUUGUUGAGCCCUACGCUGCCUCUCUCUCUCUCUCUCUCUCUCUCUCUCUCUCUCUCUCUCUCUCUCUCUCUCUCUCUCUCUCUCUCUCUCUCUCUCUCUAGAUGUUGUAGCUUUAUUGUGAACAUGUUUUCAAUUCAGCUACAUUUGUUAGCUGUGCAGACCUGGGUCGAUUACAAAUUGAGAUUCAUUCCUUCACUUCAAGUGUUGGAUUAAGUUAAGUAUUGCAGGCAAGAUUUAUUGCCAAUGGUUUGAGGAUACUGGUGACUGAACAAAUCAAUCCUGAUAAGUAACUGAAUGCAUUUCAAAGAGUAAAAAGGCACAUCUGUAGCUGUGACUGGUGAUUUCUUGUUUCACCUCUGUGUAGAUCUAUCAACAGUAUUGUAAUUUGUUGAUUAUUCUCAUGAAGACAUUGAGACAGUAGUGCAAUAACACCUCAACUUAACUGUUGAGUGCUGUCACCCUAUUAUAAAUAUAAAUACAUACAGGAUAUGUGUAUAUGUUACCUUACUCUUACAUUCCCUUUAAGAUUCCUUUCAAUCACAACUUUCCAGGUUGCUUUUUACAGCAGUCAUUACACUGGUUUCAGAUGAAUAUACCAUGUUUAACUUCUGUGAUUAAUCCUUUUUGUGUUGUGGGACUGAAUUUAAGGCAACCUGGAAUGGACCCAGUAUGAUGACUGAUCAUUUUCAGCUCAGUUGCUGCAUUUCAAGAUCAUAAUGGGUAAAAAAAAAAAGAAAAAAAUCUCAAAACUUACAGAAAGAACCGCUUAUCAACCUGUCUGCUGAUCCAUUUCCAGUACUACGUUGCAAGUAAAUUAAAACAUAUUGUAUUUGUAUGUAAGUGUCAUCUCAGGAGUUUAUUUUUUGUAAUAUAUUGAUUGAUUGAUUUAUAUUUUUGAGGCUCCAUAUUUAUGGUAAAGUAUAUAUUGUUUGUUUUGUAUUGUGUUUUUAUUUGUAACAUACGAUACUGCUUUGCAUGAUCUGGUGACUGAUGAUGUUUUUUUCUGUACAGAUAAAAGUUAAUAAA